AUGGAAGACGAUUUCAGGCCCAUUCCUGAAUUUCAACGUAGCAACGCCGACGUCAAUCUCCUCAACCUCGUGAGCCGCGUUGUGUACACUGGCAAUGUGACAGACCAGUGGUUCGGCGCGACGAUAAGAUCCGAUAUUCCAGCUCUUGGAACCCAGGGAUGGAUCUCAUCUCGAACAGUUUCCACUCUCGGGUGUACUGAGAGAUAUCAGUUCUGUAACGGUAAUAGGUGCAACAGUCCCACCGGACUCUUCAGUAUCAAUGGAGAGAGCGUGGAAGCACUCCGGUUAAAUGCAAGACAAAUUGCUACAUUCCAUCUUCUCAGGAAGGUCGCCAACGGAGCGAGACUAAGAUACAUACUGUAUUUUCUUGGCAAGAACAUCCUUAUCGCCAAUGAGAAGGUUUAUGGCGUUUUUCCGAUCUCGUCGCCACUUCCAGAUGACCAAUGGCAGAUCGAAAUGAAAAACCUCAACAGCCUGUCAAUGGCGGUACUUCAGCAGAGGGUAAUGGAGCACGCCUCUCCGCAGAACAUCGAAGUUCGCCCAGGCGUUACGUCUCGCCAAUAUAUAAUUCCGGAAACCACAACCGAAGGAAAGCGACUCUGUGCUAAUCAGAAGACCCGUCACGCGGCCUACUCCUCAUUCAACCUGCUUGGUAUCUGCGUCAUCAUAUUCGGCGGUUCUCUGCUCAUCCUUGUUAAUAUCUCGCUCCCACAUCUCGUGGGUUGGAUCCAGAAGAUGACCGGCAUGGGACUCGCAGCAAGGCUUGACUGGAUUGAGAGUGAAACUCUACAGCUGCAGCGCAUGGCAUUUGAAGGGCGUGGGAUCGGACCGUGGAUCGGCAAGCAAGAUCGAGUCCCCACGACUGCCAAGUUUGGCCGGAGGUUUCCACGCACCGCCAUCAAUCUACGCGACAGCUACCCGUUGCGAAUGAGCGAGACUUCUGACCCACUCGUGGUGACACAACCAGCGCAAGGACCGACCACCGGGUUUCAAGGACAUGUAUAUGACUCUGAAUCGCCGACCUUCUGGCGUCAGCGGGGUUUCUAA